AUGAUGGACUUGAAAACAUUGAAGAUUCUCGACUUAGGGAUCAAAGCAGACAGAUCUUUUUUUCUUUCUAAACUUUAUCCCAUAAUCUCACAGUGGGAGGGCGAACCUCCAAAACUUCUAGAAAGUUUUGAGUCGAAAGAAAUUGAGUGGCUUCUCAUAGAAGAAAUUGAAAAUAGUAAAAUAGUUUCAUUCCUCGACUUUGUGAUAAAAACCAGCUACAAAGACAAGCCAAAAUAUGAUAAGAACAAUGUUCCAUUGUGGAUCAGGCGCACCACAGCGAUGCAUCGUGCGGUACGGAAUAAAGCCGAUAACGAAGUCAUCCCCAAACUUUUUGAUAUUUACAAUAGAUUUGAUUUGAAUUACAUCGACGAGACUGGUCUAACGCACUAUCACGUGGCUUGCAUGCUUGGGCUUGCGGAUACUGUUCAGAAAUUUCUCGAGCAUGGGCAGGACCCCAACUAUCUCGCGCAAAAAUUAGUUGACCCUCCGCUGCAUUUGUCUCUUACCUACCGCCACAAAGUUUUAGCACAAUUACUGUUGAGAAGCGGAGCCGAUCCUAAUUCAAUAAACGAGAAAAAAAUGACUCCUCUGCAUAUUAUUUGCAAGACCAGAUGCGAUGACAUUGAGACAGCAAAUAUGUUAUUAGAGUUCAGCAACGAAAAAAAUCAGCUGCUGCAGGUCAAUGCCCAGGACAAGUUCGGCAUGACCCCCCUACACUAUUCUCUGUGCUCCAACAACUUAAAGUUGUCAGAGUUCCUCCUAAGAAAAGGCGCAGUCCGAAUUUGA